UUGCCAUCCGCCUUCUUUGGAAGACUUUUGUUAAUCAGAUACGUUAUCAAGACUGCCUUAUCCGCUACUUGAACUGCCGAAAUGGGGCCGACAAAGGAAUCGACAAAAACGCGCUUCGAUCGUUGGAUACGCAAGCCUUGGGAGUCGCUGUCUCCACGACGCAGCAAAGACGCUCCCAAAACAGACAAUAUCGUCAGUGCUACAAUAACUUCAUCCAGCGUUCCUCCAUCUCCUGCCAAUCGGGGCUCUACCGUCGACGACAUUAACUGUGGACAAAUCCUGGGAAAAGAUCUGCAACCAGUGGUGUAUGAAGUCGUAACGGGACAGUUCAUUCUGGGUUAUCUGUGCGACGUGGACUGGGAAAGAAAGCGCGUCCUGGUGGAUUUCGACUGUUACGACCACCCACCUUUGUGGCUGCCAGGCGCGCAGGUGCAGCGGCAUAGAGCAGUAAGAGAAUGGGACCUCGGGAUCAAAAGGCCUUUUGAAGCCGCUCUGCGCUUGGCUUCCGACCAACCCUACGUGUUCUAUCCAGCGCGCAUUAUUUCUCCCGUUGACGACAGCGCGGGUCCAAUUUGUGUUGAAGUGACGCCUCCGGGCGGUGAUGUGCCCAUUCGGAAAUUUGUCCAUCCGCUCCAGCUGCGCAUUGUAUGGAAAUAUCCGCGCAGCUCAUACGCCGCUGAAUAUGACUCAGUUGUUGGAUGCUGUCGUCAGCUACACCAACAAACGGCCCCUCUCGAAUUUGGGCAGAAUGUGGAAGACAUUGAUCUGCAGUGGUUGUUGCAGGCUGUAAACGAAAUUCCGUGGAUAAAUGUGGUACGGAUAUGGCUGGACACCCAAAGCGUUCACUUUGUCUAUACGAAAAAAGGAAAGGAAAAUUUGAAUGAGACGGUUUUGAAGAUUCUGGUUCAGAAUUCGCGGUGUCACGUGACUGCGCCCGAGAAACUUUUGGACUUAUCUAACACUGAUGCCGUCCGCGACGGUUCCUUGGUAAAGCUGCCAUAUGAACUUUUGAAGAGGAUCGUGUUAUCAAUCGAAGACAUCCACAGCGUGGUUAGCGCUCAAAAAGUUUGCAAAUCCUGGCAUGACAUUCUCCGUCGAGACAUCAAUCAACAUGCCGCUGUCGCGAUCGACCUGACCAAUCUGCUCCCCGAUUCUUCCAGCAGCAAAGAGCGAAAUUAUAACCGAACUCAACUUAUAAACAUCCUCGACACUACCGUGACUACAGCGACCGUGGGGCUGCUGCUAAUGAACGGCAAUCUAAGUAUGGAGUUGGCCAAAUACAUCGUUGGGUUUCUAUCUAUUAAAGUCCCGUGUUUGCCUGCGAUCUUCCUGAGAAAUAUACUGUGUUCGUACCCCGUGGCACAAAAAUACGAGCAGCAGCGGCUCGAGUGGGCCAAUCUCAGCCAGCUGAUGCUAGCAUGCCGAGAACUGCAUCUGCAAAACGUUAUCGUUCCUGCCCUUUUCGGCUCCAUCGCCGGAUUGUGGACCGUGCCGGCCGAAACACGGCUGGACAUCGAUGCGGUCGUAGACAAACUCGUACUUCACUCAACGCUUACUGAAGACGAUCGGAUGGAACAUUUUCUGAAAGCUUUGGAUGCUAGUUGCCCCGCGUUCACAGCUUGUGAUCGGAAAACCAUUGACAAUGCUUACCGUGCGACGCUUUCGCGUGCAGAAUUUCCGCCACGAAACACACUCCUCAUGAUCCAGCUGUUGAAUCGAGCAAUAACCGGACAAAAACAACCGCCGUUGUCCAGACUUGCCGCUCAUGCCUUCCGCUACUCUUAUCCCACGGAGGCGACGUCCUCCAGCUCCGUCCCCGGCUGCCGUUUCCUUUCCUGCCCAACACCAUCUGACCCGAGGGACACGGAAGAAAUAUUGCGGCAUUGAGUUCUGUUUUAUGUACCUGAUUAAACUCAAAUAUGCCAUCUCAGGUUGUCACGGCCAUUCGGUCUCAUUCGCAAGCGAUACUUUUGUAGUGACCGCGCGCCCGUGUAUUGUGCUCCCGCUGGAUUGCCGUAGGAUGUUGUAGCAGAUAAGCUCAUCGACUAUAGCGCUAAAAACUUUUGUAGCCUCUCCCAAUGUAUAAUUCUGUAUAACAUCUGUAACCUCUAUACGAGGAGGGGGUAAACGAGCUCGAUGUACUCGAGUCAUGGGUAACAGAGCACGUUAUCCGUAACCGUGCCUGUGCAGAUCGAUCAGCCACCAAGAGAUGGCAGUGUUCUGCUAAUCAAUAUAACCCCCACCGACUGGUGGCCGGCCGUGUGUUUCAAGUAACUUCAAUUUAAUGGCUAAUAUGUAGUU